AGUUUACUCAAACUGGCCUCACACACACUCUCUCUCUCUCUCUCUCUCAAGCUUCGAAUCUCAGAAGAGUGCUUUUAAGGCUUACCAAUGUUGACAACUCAGAGGAUCACGCCUCCUCCUCUACAGCUCAGCUCUCCGGCAAUGCGAGAUUAGGUUAACUUUCGCGCUCUCAAUUUCAGUAGCUUCAGCUCAGCAGCGGCGAUGGAGCGCCGACCGGCGGCGUCGUUUUUAAUUGAGCUCGCGGUUGUCGCAGCGGUGAUGCUCAAUUCGUGUGCCGCGGUUGGUGGAACUACUGAUCCUAGCGACGCUCAAGGGCUCCAAGUUCUCUACACUUCAUUGAAUAGUUCUUCACAGCUAACAGGCUGGAAAUCAAGUGGUGGUGAUCCUUGUGGAGAAUCAUGGAAGGGGAUUACCUGUCAAGGAUCUUCUGUCGUCUCUAUCCAGAUAUCUGGAUUGGGACUGACUGGAACAAUGGGAUACUUGCUCAACAACCUUGUGUCACUCAAGACAUUGGAUUUGAGUAACAAUAAUAUUCAUGAUUCGAUUCCGUAUCAGUUGCCUCCCAACCUGACGAGCUUAAACCUUGCAGCAAAUAAUUUGAGUGGAAAUAUUCCGUAUUCCAUAUCUACCAUGGGCUCACUUAAUUAUGUGAACGUCAGCCGAAACGUAUUGUCUCAGGCAGUUGGAGAUAUGUUUGCGAAUCAUUCUGAUCUAGCAACUUUGGAUAUAUCCUUCAACAACUUCACUGGUGAUCUACCACUUUCAUUUGCCUCACUGACUAAUCUUUCAACACUCCAAGUACAAAGCAACCAAUUAACAGGUUCUCUCAACACCCUUGUCGAUUUGCCUUUGACAAAUUUAAAUGUUGCAAACAACCAUUUUAGUGGGUGGAUACCACAAGAGCUAAUUUCUAUCCCCAAUUUUGUAUAUGAUGGAAACACAUUUGCAAAUGGCCCCGCUCCCCCACCACCACCAUAUACCUCACCUCCUCCCGGUAGAUCUCGCAACAACAGUAGGAAAGCUCCUCCAUCUGGUCAUACACCUCAAUCCAAUACUCCAAACAAGUCUCAUGAUGAAAGCAAGAAUGGGUCAAAAGUUGGACUUAUAGUAGGCAUAGUUCUGGGAUCUUUGUUUGCUGUAGGCUUCUUUCUGCUUGCACUGUUUCUUUGCUUUAGAUGGGGAAACAAGAAGGAAAUUGCAGCACGUCCCUCGACAGGAAGUCUUCCUCUCAGUGGUCAUAAAGUGAAUGUUGUAGAGAUGCAAGAGCAAAGGUCAAUGCCCACAGCUACUGCAUCUGAUCUAAAGCCCCCACCAGCUGAAAGUGUUCCAGUCGAAAGGUUGCAAGGGAAAAAUGGAUCUUUGAAAAGAGUGCAGUAUCCUAUAACUGCUACUUCUUAUACAAUUGCUGCUCUUCAGACAGCAACUAAUAGCUUCAGUCAAGAGAAUUUGGUUGGUGAAGGUUCUCUGGGUCGCGUUUAUAGAGCUGAAUUCCCCAAUGGAAAGAUAAUGGCCAUCAAAAAAGUCGACCAUGCAGCACUGUCACUGCAGGAAGAAGAUAAUUUCCUUGAGGCCGUCUCAAAUAUGUCACGUCUGAGGCAUCCAAAUAUUGUAGCACUGGCUGGUUUCUGUGCUGAGCAUGGGCAACGCCUUCUUGUCCACGAUUAUAUAGGAAAUGGUAGCUUACAUGAUAUGCUGCACUUUGCGGAUGAGAGAAGCAAGAUGCUGACAUGGAAUGCACGGGUUAGGGUGGCACUUGGCACUGCUCGAGCUUUGGAGUACUUGCAUGAAGUGUGCUUGCCUUCCGUCGUCCAUAGAAACUUAAAGGCGGCGAACAUAUUACUUGAUGAGGAUUUCAACCCACAUCUUUCAGACUCCGGGUUGGCCUCGCUGGCACCAAACACAGAACGGCAGGUUUCUUCAACCCAAAUGAUUGGCUCAUUUGGUUACAGUGCACCUGAAUUUGCCUUGUCCGGAAUAUACACUUUAAAGAGUGACGUAUACAGCUUUGGUGUGGUUAUGCUGGAGCUUCUGACAGGACGCAAACCUCUUGAUAGUUCACGAGUAAGAUCAGAGCAGUCACUUGUUAGAUGGGCGACUCCUCAACUCCAUGAUAUCGAUGCUCUAGCAAAGAUGGUCGACCCGUCCCUAAAUGGAAUGUAUCCAGCAAAGUCUUUGAGCCGUUUCGCUGACAUCAUAGCACUGUGUGUCCAGCCCGAGCCAGAAUUCCGACCCCCAAUGUCGGAAGUUGUGCAGGCACUGGUCAGAUUGAUGCAAAGAGCAAGCAUCGUGACCAGGCGGCCGAGCGAAGAUACUGGUUUUGCGUUCAAGAGCACUGCAGACCAUGAGGCAAAUGACGUGUUAUAGCAGGUAUCAAUAAUCAUCAUCAAUAGCUGAACUCACAUCCUUUGCAAUUUUGUACGCAAUUGUACGAGGGCGAAUAUGCAGGCGGGUUUAAAGCUAAGGGGAAAGGAAAGAAGAAGGAAGCUUGAUAACUGGAAAAACAUAAAAUGCAGAUAAAUGUAAUUAAGAUGCACAGAGUAACUUAUUUAUACAUUAUCAUUGAGGUAUCUAUUAUUCCAUGCCAAUUGUCUUGUUUAUUUUCCAUUUGCAAACUAUUUCAUUUUUCACUUUUAAAGAGGAUCAAUAUUUAUUAUUA